AUGGCUGUUCUGUCCGAUAUAGAGACGAACUUGUUCAAGCCUCGAUGUUGUUUUGAAUUUCAGGAGGAGAUGCCGGCUGCAGAUCUGGUUUCUGAAGCCGUGGAAGAGAACCAGGUUCAGUCGCAGCAGCAGCAGCAGCAGCCAGAGACACAGACAAAGACACAGCCACCACUGGUACAGCCACAGCCACAGCCACUGUCACAGCCACCACUGUCACAGUCACAGCCACAGCCACUGUCACAGCCACAGCUACCACUGUCACAGCCACAAUCACCACUGUCACAGCCACAGCCACCCCUGUCACAGCCACAGCCACUGCUACUGUCACAGCCACCACUGUCACAGCCACAGCCACCCCUGUCACAGCCACAGCCACCACUGUCACAGCCACAGCCACCACUGUCACAGCCACAGCCACAGCCACCACUGUCACAACCACAGCCACCACUGGCACAGCCACAGCCACCACUGUCACAGCCACAGCCACAGCCACAGCCACCACUAUCACAACCACAGCCACUGUCACAGCCGCAGCCACAGAUUCAAACACAACCCCAGCCACCACAACAGCAGCCACAAAUGCAGAUAAAAUCACAUCCAUUGUCACAGCCACCGCAACAGCAACUGCCACAACCACAACCACAACCACAGCAACAGCAACAGAGAGGGCGCGAAAGUCAAGAGAUGCAGAAGAGAAGCAGUAAAUGUGACAAGAAAAAGAGCGUGGGAUUAAAUGAGAAUAGUGAACUGAAUCUAGAGCGAGGGAAGUUUUCUCUCAUUUAA